AUGACAGGAAAAUCAAAUUUCAUAGCUAAUGCUGUAGGAUUGGUUAAUUCUCGAAAUCAAAAUAUGAAUAUUUAUAUUCAUAUUGUAGCUUUCUAUCCAAAAGACUCAGUAAAAGAUAGUAAUUUAGAGAAAUUUAAAAAAGGAGAUAUUAUUAAGGUUCAGGGUAGAUUUUCGAUAAUUGAAACAGAAGUCAACGAAAGUAAAGUUAAACUUAUUAAGGUUGUAGCAUCUGAUAUAUGCAUACUUAAUCUUGACGAAGAAGAUCUUCCAAGAUCUUCCUUAUCUGUUAUAUUGAUAGGUACUGUGUCUGGUAAUCCUGAAAUUGGAACUGAUAAAGUUACUCUAGAUUUAAAUGCAAGAGAAUAUAUUGAUAAUCAAAUAAUAGUUUUCUUUUGUUUAACUUAUAUCAUUUUCCCAAAGAUAGCCAUUUGUUACCAAUUACAACAAAAAUUUCGCGUG